AUGGGGAAGCUCCCCGUCCCCUCAACGCUCCUCUCAUCCUCCCCCCUCCGCCCAUCAACCACAUCCUCCCUCCCCUUCCACAGCCUCUCCACGCAAACCCGAAACGCGACAUUCAUCCCCCGCCCCAGAAGGCCAUACACAUUCACCCAGCUCAUCCAGCUCUCCGACGGAUCGACCUACACCGCGCGCACCACCUCCCCGCUGCCGUUGUACCGCGCCCAAAAGGACACCCGCAACACGCUUCUGUGGCAGCCCAGCGAGAAGAGCUUGCGCAACGUCGAGUUGGACGAGGCUGGUAAACUGGCUGCUUUCAGAGAACGGUUCGGAAGAGGCUAUGAUGCUACGGCUCAGGCUGUAGAGGGCGCUGAGGAGGGUGAAAAGGCCGCUGAGGAGGUCGUUGCUAAGCCUGUCGAGGAGGAUACCGGUCUGAACUUUGAGGAUUUGCUGGCGGAGUAUACGCCGCAGGAUACGAGCGCGAUGAAGGAUUCGGGUCCCAAGAGGUCUCCUACACGAAGAAAAUAA